UCCCUGUGUUGCUGUCUCAAACCUGAUUCUUUCUGCUCGUCUCCUUCCUGUGUCCAGCUCAAGACUCCCACCACCACUCAGGACCAACUCCUUCUGCUCCUGGACCAUCUGAUGGGGCCCACAAGGUGGCAGUGAUGACCACAAUGCUGUCCAGCUGGUGGUGGCCAAGUACCUGGGGGAGCCUAGAGCUGGGGCCUCGAAGCCCUUCUCGGGGAUCCCAGCUCUGUGCCCUCCAUGCCUUUACUUAUACUGGAGCAGAUGGCCAGCAGGUGUCUCUGGCUGAAGGGGACAGGUUCCUACUGCUUCGAAAGACCAACUCAGACUGGUGGUUGGCAAGGCGCCUGGGAGCAUCCUCCACCUCUCGACCCAUCUUCGUCCCAGCUGCCUACAUGACAGAGGAAUCCAUUCCUUACCAGAGCCCAGCUACUAUCACCCCCAGCCAGUCUCUCUGGACUCCUGAGCCAAAGUUGUCUCAUAGAUCCUUGGAGGAGCCACACCUGUCUCAGGCACUCCCAGGCAGAGGCCAGGCUACAUCUGAGCAGCCUCCCCCUCUUCCCCUCAAAAUGUGUAGAAGUGCCAGUGUUGCUAAUUUGAGGCCCAGCCUUCUGAAGCCCACCCAGGAAGCACCAAGUGGAAGAUCCCUCUCCCAGGAAGACUUGCUGUCAGAGGGCACUUCCAGCAUGACAGGACCCCAGCCCCUCAUGUCAGAGACUCCUGUGUACUGUAACCUGGUGGACCUUCGCCGCUGUCCCCGGUCCCCACCCCCGGGCCCUGCAUGCCCCCUGCUGCAGAAGCUGGAUGCUUGGGAGCAGCACCUGGACCCCAACUCCGGACGCUGCUUCUACAUCAAUUCGCUAACCGGUUGCAAGUCCUGGAAGCCCCCACGCCGUAGUCGUGGCGAGUCGAACCCUGCCUCCAUGGAUGGGACACAGACCCUGAAUAGGGACAACGGUGUCCCGAAACCUCAGGCAAAGGGCUCAGGAUCUGACACAGGGACCCCAGAACUGCUUGGCCCACAGGGUUCACCGGGCUUCCGCCGGCGCACCUCCCAGCUUGACCCUUCAGAGCAGCGUCCAGCCUUGCAGACGCCUAGACCUCUGCCGCAGCUCCUGGACGACCCCCAUGAGGUGGAAAAGUCCGGCCUGCUCAACAUGACCAAGAUUGCCCAAGGGGGGCGCAAGCUAAGGAAAAACUGGGGCCCGUCUUGGGUGGUGUUAGCGGGUAACAGCCUGGUGUUCUACAGAGAUCCACCGGCGACUGCGCCCUCCUCAGGCUGGGGGCCAGCGGGUAGCCGGCCAGAAAGUAGCGUGGACCUGCGAGGGGCGGCCCUGGCGCACGGCCGCCACCUGUCUAGCCGCCGCAAUGUCCUGCACAUCCGCACCGUCCCUGGCCACGAGUUCCUGCUACAGUCGGACCACGAGACCGAGCUGCGAGCCUGGCAUCGCGCGCUGCGGGCAGUCAUCGAGCGUCUGGAUCGGGAGAACCCCCUGGAGCUGCGUUUGUCAGGCUCGGGACCUGCCGAGCUGGGGGAGCUGAGCGCAGGCGAGGACGAAGAAGAUGAGUCGGAGCCGGUGUCCAAGCCGCUACUGCGCCUCAGCAGCCGCCGGAGCUCCAGUCGGGGUCCGGAAGGCACUGAACAGAACCGCGUGCGGAACAAACUAAAGCGGCUUAUUGCGAAGAGACCGCCCUUGCAAAGCCUGCAGGAGCGGGGUCUACUCCGAGACCAGGUGUUUGGCUGCCAGUUGGAAUCACUGUGCCAGCGGGAAGGGGACACGGUGCCCAGCUUUGUACGGCUCUGCAUUGCUGCUGUGGAUAAAAGAGGUCUAGAUGUGGAUGGCAUUUACCGGGUGAGUGGGAAUUUGGCAGUGGUCCAGAAACUUCGCUUUCUGGUGGACAGAGAGCGGGCGGUCACCUCCGAUGGGAGGUACGUGUUCCCAGAACAGCCAGGACAAGAAGGCCGGUUAGAUUUGGACAGUGCUGAGUGGGAUGACAUUCAUGUGGUCACCGGAGCCCUGAAACUUUUUCUCCGUGAGCUGCCCCAGCCUCUGGUGCCCCCACUGCUCCUGCCCCAUUUUCGUGCUGCCCUUGCACUCUCCGAAUCAGAGCAGCGCCUCUCUCAGAUACAGGAAUUAAUAGGCUCAAUGCCAAAGCCCAACCAUGACACUCUGCAAUACCUCCUGGAGCAUUUAUGCAGGGUGAUAGCACACUCAGAUAAGAAUCGCAUGACUCCCCACAACCUGGGAAUUGUGUUUGGACCUACCCUGUUUCGACCAGAACAGGAGACAUCAGACCCAGCAGCCCAUGCCCUCUACCCUGGGCAGCUAGUCCAGCUAAUGCUCACCAACUUCACCAGCCUCUUCUCUUGAUGUGGGCAAGGAAGAAAACAUGUAUUUCUAAUGAUCUCCAUUGGUGGUGGUGUGUUCUGUUUUGAGGGCAUCCCCUUAAAUCCUGUGUCUCCUAGAUGACUGUCUGCAUCUUUGUGAGUCUGUCCUGAGGGUUUGGGAUGGGGUGAGGGAGCUUCUCUAAAGAGGAAAGCGAGUGGAUUAACCCCUGCUUCUCUUUUUAGUCACUGUUAUCACUCCUACCCAAGAGAGUAACACAUAAAGCAGCAUUCUUUCUGAUGCA